AUGAGCGGCGGCCGCGGCCCCUUUUCACUCAGCGGGCUCCCCUUCCUUCUCCUCCUCCUCGCCCAGCGCCCCGUCCGCUCUCGGGGCCCGACCCCGCGGCCCGGGCAGCGCCGGCGCUCCCCUCCGCGAUGCGCCUGGCAGCGCCUUGACUCGCCCUCACACUUACUCCUGUUCAAACUUUUCACUCCGCCUGUUGGGAAGAAUUGUGUUGCUCGGUGUUGGGGAGAAAAGAGUUUUUUGCGCUUUGAGAAGUCUACCCAGGUAGACGUGUUUGAGAAGUUUGUUCGGCUGGGAAAUGGGCUUUGCCAGUACGAACAACCCGGGGAAAUCGCGUCAAGGAGGCUCCUUCUGCGGCAUGUGGAAAAGAAAUUGAGGGGAGUGGGAACCCCAGGAGACGCCGAGGAGCAGGUAGGUGGCGGUGCCUCCCCUGCGGGUGCUGUUCCCGGACUCCGGAGUCCCGAGGCGCCGAGGCGGAUCUGCGCCCCUGGAGCCGCUCCCGCGCUCGGCAAAGUAGCCUGUGCCAGCACGAGCCGCCCGCGGCGUUCCAUCUGCAGGUGGCGGCGUGGGGAGGAAGACGCUGGGGCCCGCGGCGCGGCGAGAGGGGCCGGGGGCCCGCUCUCCUGCAGCCCGCGACUCUGGAGUCCUCGCGCCCACAACCGGGCCGCCGAGACGAGUGGCGCGCGGGAGAACGAGGGAACCGGUUCUCCAGCACCUCGCCUCCUCUCUGCUACUCCCUCCGGGGCGCCGAAAGGGCGAGAGAAGCGCGGGGGCCCCGGGGCGGCCUCGGGACCGACGUCCCCCUCUGCGGCGGGUGCUCGGGCGCUGCGCUCGCCUUCCUCGCCCCGCUCUGGGCCGCGUUUGCGGACCAAGCCCCGAGUUAGCGCGCGACCGGGGCGGGCCCGCGCGGGGCCCAGGAUUGGCAGCCUAGCCCCGUUACGCACUCACCUCGCGUUCACAUACCCGGGGAGGGCAGUAGAAAGGUGA